AUGGGGAACUGUCAAACUUGUUUGAAUAAUGAACCAGAGCAGAUUGAGAUAGUUGCUAACAAUCCGACUGUGGAAGAUAUGUCUUUGAUGCAGGAACAAUCUCCUUUGUUGGUGUUGGAUGUGAGAACAUGGCAAAAGGAGUCCUAUAGUCUUUAUGACUAUGAAAAUAGCUAGUUCAUUCAUUGCCAAUAAAUAUCCGUUAACGGGAAUAGCUAUUUGACUUGCAAGGCAAAUAAGGUUUUGUACAAUGAGGGGUCUUAUUCGAAUAACAAUGAGAAUAAUGAUGAGGCGCUCUUGUUACCUCUGGAAUUCGACAACGAACGGUUCUAAUUACUGAAUCUACGCUUCCCUAGACGAAUAUAGAGUAAGGAGUUGAUUGACGAGUACUAAAAAGAGGAUGGGGAUAAACUCUUAUCAGAAAAUCAGACUGUCCACGCUGAUUUCUAAAUGAGUUUUAAUAUCUAGAAGUUACGCACCAAUACGAAUAGGUAGAUGGAGGGUGAUUUGAAGAAAGGUUCCAAAAUCUGGUUGGUCACCAGAUCUAUAUAAAAUAAUAGUUCGAAUGAAGGAAUAAUCCUGAAAGUUGGAGAUAGGAUCAAAUUAGGGAGAGUUAAACUAGUCAUCAAGGCUAUUCAACUCCAGAACAACGAGCUUUAAAAUACUCCUGAUGACAUCUCUAUGAGUUCAGUUGAGGAUAAGAAUGAGGAUACAAAAUAAUGUCGGGUCUGUUUGUCCACAGGUGAGACAUUCACCAACCCUUUGAUUGAUCCCUGUAAAUGUUGCGGAGGCACUAAGUAUAUCCACAUCAAGUGCUUGUUAAAAUGGUAUUCUAUUCAUUCUCAUUUCAAUAGUAAUGCCUAUUGCACCAGACUCAUCUGGAAGUCUCUGGAAUGCGAAAUAUGCAAAUAUCAAUUCCCUCCAGUUUUUGAGAGAGAAGGCAGAACUUACAAUCUCGUUGAAUUGAGCAAACCCAAAUAGCCCUAUGUAAUGAUGGAAUUUCAUCAGAAGAAACAACAUGAUAAUGCUUCAAAUAAUGAUAGAAAUGGUGUAUAUAUCAUCAAUUUUGGCACCAAGAAGGAAUUGAGAAUUGGCAGAAACCAUGAAGUUGAAAUCAGUAUAGCUGACAUCAGUGUUAGUCGUGAACAUGCACAACUCAGAUUAGUAGAUGAUAAGAUUGUCUUAUCCGAUAAGAAAUCUAAAUUUGGCACUCUAGUUUUAUUAUAGAAGAACAUCACUCUCUCGCCUCAAUUAUCAGGUCUGGAGAUACAAAUUAAAAGAACUUUAAUAAAAAUUAAUAAUAACUAAAAUACUCAUUCAAAUUAAUAAUUAGCAGACUUUGAAUAGCUUUUAGGAAGAAUCGAUUGA